AUGAGCAGUGAAUGUCUGUUACCUUACUACACGGCCCACAGCUACCGGUCAAUGGGCGUGUUCAAUACCUCCAUGGGGGACCUGCAGCGACAACUCUACAAGGGAGGAGAGUACGAUGUUUUCAAGUAUGCACCGAUGUUUGAGAGUGACUUUAUCCAGAUCAGCAAGAAAGGAGAGGUGAUCGACGUACACAACCGUGUCCAAAUGGUGACCGUGGGCAUUGCUUCCACCAGCCCCAUCCUCCCACUACCUGACGUCAUGCUGCUGGCCCGACCAACUAAAGUCUGUGAAGAGCAUGCCAGACACGCCCGGCCCACCAAGGGGAGAGGUCGCAAGCCUGUGAAGACCCUAGAGCUCACCAGGCUGCUUCCCUUGAAGUUUGUCAAGAUUUCCAUCCACGACCAUGAGAAACAGCAGCUGCGCCUGAAGCUUGCCACUGGCCGUACCUUUUAUCUGCAGCUGUGUCCCCCUUCAGAUGCACGAGAAGAUCUCUUUUGCUAUUGGGAAAAACUUGUCUAUCUCUUGAGACCACCGACGGAGAGUUUCAGCAGUACUCCUACACUCCAACCGAGGGACAUAAUGUCCAUAGAAGAUGACAAACGCCUAGUGACCUCAGAGCUCCAUGUAGGAGAUAAGAAUGAGGAGAGGCUUCAGAGGCUUCGUGAGGUGUCCAAAGCCACUUCUUCUGCUUAUUCUGGGGGAGAGAGAAUCCAUCAUGCCCCCCAUGGAUUGACUGGUUCGCCUUUAGGCAUGAAAACAUCAGGGACUGCUGAAGGACCAGCGAAGGGGGCAGCCACAAGCCUCGGAGUAGUAGCGGCAGCAACAAGUCCCACAGUAGGUUCUUUGAGCCUAGCAGCAACCAAGAGUGCAGGUGCAAGCCAGGUAAGCAUGGCCCUGGCAGGAGCCACCAGCAAGGGCCUGGAACAAGGUGGAUCCAGCAAGGCCAUUGCAAGUGCUGCCAACAUAUCCUCAGAGAGUGCCAACAUGGUCUUGGCGAGUGCUGCCAGCUCAUCCUCACAAGGUGCUUGCACCAUAACAACAGGGUCUGCCAGUCUCUCCCCAGAGACCAGUGAGAGUGUGGUGUUUGCAGGCGUAGUAACAACCAAAAAUCCUAGCGCAGAAAGAGCUGAAGGCCCCGUGGCAGGACCCCUCGUUUCAACCUUGCAGAGUGAAGGUUACAUGAGUGAACGAGAUGGAAGCCAGAAGGUCUCCCAGCCCACAGCUGAAGCUUGGAAGGAAAAAAGGGAAAAAAGAGUAAAGAAGGACAGAACUUCCACUAGGAAAACGUCUCAUCGUCACAAAACAGGCGGGAAGUCAACCCGGAAAUCAUCCUCUCACCGGUCCUUAUCCAGCCAUAAGCACACAAGAGAGGGCAAAAAAGAAAAAGGGCAGAGCAAUGUAAAGGGCAGAAGACACAGCUCUCAUAAGAGUGCCAGCCAAAGCUCCACCGCAAAGGAGUCGAGGAUAGCUCACAAACCCGGGAAGAGCAGCAGAUCUGCCGCCAAUACAGGGACUGUAAAUAAGAAAUCCAGUAAGAUUGGCUCUUUCUUCAGGAGCUUCAGAGUCAUCCCUGGUUCAAAAACUGUGGUCACAUCACAUGACAGGGAGGUGGACUUCGUGGCUACGACGGUAGAGAAGUGCAACAUAGAGGCCAAGGUAGAGAAAGGCCUGGUUGGCCAGGAUCUGGGGAUUUGCAGUACCGUGACAUCUGAGACAAUGGAGACGAUCAUCUUUGAAACCAAAUCCAUUUGA